AUGGCUAGCUACGAUACAGGAGCUGGCGGCCAGCAUGCACAUCAGCAGCCAGGAGAUAGCUCCCAGGCGCGCUCCCAGGAUAUUCGUGAGGCCCUGAGCGAUUCGCAGUGCUGUGACCUUAUCGACCUCAUUCUCAACACUGCGGAUUGCAUGGAAGACUUGCUCUGCCCCCGUGCGGAGCCAGAAAUGAAGGGGAGCCUGUCUCGUGGGAGUGCAUUGGACAGUGGAAAGGAAGACGUCGACCUCCUUGGCGACGAGACGGGUCAGCCACAGCAUCCCAAAAGACCUGUGAGGUCAGCUACCACGGUUGCGGCGAUAAAAGCGGAAGCGGAGGCGUCUCGACACUUCGGCUCGUGGAGAGAUGCAGUCUUAGCCAGAGUUAGGCAGGCUCUUCAGGACCCGAAUGGGAGAGCACCUCUGAAACCUAGGCAAGCCCAGCGGUCUUUGAUUGAUCUGGAUGAAGGUGGUCCUGGACAACAGGACUGUGCGCUACAAGAACUACCCAGUGAAACGAAGGAUCUGAUUGUCAAUUCCCUCCUCCUGAUAUUACUCAGUCUGGAACACUAUAACGCACAUUCACGCGUUCUUCUUGUCAGAGUGGCCUUGCAACUCGGCCUACAAGUUGCAGAUGUGUCAGAGCAUGAGAUGAAAGUCGCCCAUGUGCUUCUGGACAGUGUGAAGGAGAUGAACCAUGCCGAAGAAGAGCUGAAGCGCAGAGCAGAUCAGAGCAAGAUCAGCCGGAGAUGGAAAGUUGGGCUUGCAUCUGUGGCUGGCGCGGCGCUUAUUGGGGUGACUGGAGGCCUUGCUGCACCAUUAGUCGCCGCUGGCGUCGGAACUAUCCUGGGCGGCUUAGGACUUGGGGCAACUGUUGCUGCUGGAUAUCUUGGUGCUGUUGCCGGUAGUUCUAUCAUUAUCGGUGGACUGUUUGGUGCUUAUGGUGCCAAAAUGUCUGGGAGGAUGAUGGAUCGCUACGCAAGAGAGGUAGAAGACUUUGCCUUUCUACCUCUUGGUUCUACUCCAAAACCUGCCUCGGAGCCAACAGAAACAAGACCCCCGUCUUCUGACAACAGACUCAGGGUAACUGUUGGAAUCAGCGGCUGGCUUACCGAAGGGAAGGACGUGGUGGAACCCUGGCGAGUUCUUGGCCCCGAUUCAGACGUUUUUGCUCUUCGAUGGGAGCUGCAGGCUCUCCUACGAUUAGGCAGCUCCCUGACGACCUUCGUUAGGAAUACUGCUUGGACAGUUGCUGGAAGAACCGUACUUAGCAAAACAGCUCUUGCUCCCGUCGUAGGAGCAGUAAUGCUCCCCGUCACCCUCUCGAAAAUUUCAUACAUCCUCGACAACCCUUUCAAUGUCGCCAAAGUACGUGCGGACAAGGCAGGUCAGAUCCUCGCAGACGCCCUUAUCAACAAAGCUCAGGGCGAGAGAUCGGUCACUCUAAUAGGAUACUCACUCGGAGCCCGCGUCAUUUUCUCCUGCCUCAUCGCCCUUGCAAAGCGACGGGCAUUCGGUCUAGUAGAGUCUGCCAUUUUGAUCGGCUCUCCUACCCCGUCUACCACUUCCCACUGGCGACUGAUGCGAUCCGUUGUCAGCGGCAGGCUUGUCAACGUCUAUUCGGAAAACGAUGGAAUUCUCCAGUUCCUCUACCGCGCAAACAGCAUGCAGCUUGACAUUGCCGGUCUUGAAGCUAUAUCUGAUAUCCAAGGCGUGGAGAACUACGACGUCACAGGUAUCGUCAGUGGUCAUUUACAGUAUCAGUUUUCAAUUGGCAAGAUACUGCAGCGGAUCGGGUUUGAUCAUCUAGAUGAACGUGAGAUACAGAGACAGGAGCAUAAGCUUGAAAUUAACGAGGAGGAGAUGAAGAACCUUGAGGAGGAGAGGAUUGCUACCGCUAGAGCUGCCCAGACAUCAGGUACUAGUACCAAGAAGGCUACCACUAAGGUACAGGAGCGUCAACCAAGGACUAGACCUAGCGUGGAGGUUACAUCUGGUACUCUCUCUGGGGCUGCCACUGCCACUGCCACUACUGGUAUCGCAGCUACUGCAGGCACUGCUGUCGAUGGGGCAGAUGGUGACCACGCUGACGAUACGGAUGACGAGGCACCCACCGGGAUAAUGAUGGUUGACAAUGAUGAUAUUGAACCUGACGGCUCGUCAGACACGAAUGAAUGUCCGUAUCCCGACAUUGAACCUGAACAGUUAGAGCGGGAUAUUGAAGAAAUGACCAGGCAGCAGCUUCUGAAUGCUAGAAUGGACGGUAUCCAACUUGAAGAUAACCAUUAA